UUGAAACUCAGGCAUCAGAAAUCGUUGUGUCGGAAAGGUAACAAGACAUAGCUGCAUAUAGUACACUUGACAGUCGCCAAACUACAGCAUAUACGGACUUCAAUACUUUAUUUUCUUCAGAAAAGAACUAUUAAUGUGUUGAUCAAUGCAUCGGAAGAUUACCAAAGGAAUAGAAUCUGUCUGAGGUAGAAUUUAGAGAGCCAUUUUCUGGCUGUCGCCUGGAGGACUGUCGUAGCGGUACACAUAACGUUAUUUGGUCAUUCGUCGUGUCCAGGGGCCAUCAAUACGAGAUUCUAUCUCUUCCCAAUCGUUGGACCACAGUACACAGGACCCAGUGAUUCAACUGAGGACAUUAAAUUAGGGGGAUUUGUAUGUCUCAUUGAUUUAAAUCUUCAAACUCAGGACCUCUCGUUAAACGAUUCCGCUGGAUUCGCUUAUUUCUCCCACCAUGCUGUAUCUAACACAGCCUUCAGUGAACCCAGGGCUUGGCAGCACCGGGGUGAGUCCAGUGGUGAGCCCGGGGGUCAGUCCCGUCAGCACCAUAGCGCCAAUGACCCUCAAUCCAUGUACUACCUCCUUGGCCCUGCCCCCUACAGGAGGAACCUCUACAGUCACAUUUCCCACCGUGCCCCAGGGGACAACGAUAACCCCCGGGUCAAUCAUGCACCUUAUAAAUUAUGGAGACAAGGAUUUAGGGCUCCUCCUUUCACAAAGAAUGGAACUGGUAUGGCAUGGGGAAUUCGACAGACUUUUUGGACAGUAUUACCCCCAUGUCUGGCAACUCGUCCCCACCUUCUGUCCGCCUAACGACAGAUGGAGAACAUUCAAAGACAGUGCCAAAGUCCGAUUCUCGUGCCAGGAAUGCGGUCACGGUUGGACGUCAAUGAAGGGGCGCGUCAUCUUCUGGUUUCAGCUGAACUAUGGUAGCAACAUGGGCUAUGUUAUGUUUAAGUUGUAUGGACAACAGUGUCAGAGAUGUAAGAACGGCAAAUACGAGCACGCCAUGUGGUACCCAGAAGAGGUCAUCAAGGUUAGUAUACAGGGGCGUAAGGGUUGUAGGGUCAAGGCAAUCCAAUGGAAUGCAGAGUUAGACAGAGACAGUAUAAAUCAUUAUCUUAGCCCCAUCCUCACUCUUUAUUGGUUUUGGAGAUCGUGUAAAACGAGUUUACGACGCACUUCAACAAAGAUACAUUACAGAUGUGCGAAUAAGGUAUUGGAGUUCCGUUUUCGUUCAGAAAUAGUUUACUUUGUUGUAGGUGUGUCACAAACAAACAGUUCAGGUGGUUCCCCUUUCUGAUUUAACGUCUGCGUUUUAUAUAAAAUGUUGCAGUGCUCUGCUGGAUAAAAAAGAAACAUCAGCAUUGUUUUGUAUGUUACAGGUACUUGGAAACGUGUACAACAGAGUAGGACAAAUUUAUUAUGGAUUUGUCCGUCCACCUCUUCGAAUUGAUCGCCGUGCAGGGAAACCACGAAACCAACACAAUUCUGAGCUGUGCCAAGCGUGCAAAGAGGGUCUAUGUCGAGAAGAGUGGACAUUCACGUGACCUAAAUUAACCAGUUAGGCAGACAUAAGGGCCCUGCUUUGGCAGGAAAAUUAUAAACGAAACAUAACUAAAAUUUUUGUUAGUUUAUAUAUUUUGUGAAUAUAAUUAUUUGUUUUUGUGUUAAAAUCUCAACAUGUUUGGCGCCAUAGGCGAUGUGAAUCCAUGCAUUUUGUUUUGCAAUCACUUUAUUUGAUAUGUGUGUCUCAAAGUAUCGCCGAAACAUCGACUGGCUAUACACAAAACGUGCUUCUCGGCGUGUUUGGUUACAUAUUCUAUGCAAGGUUGUUAGUAUUAAUUAUUUCUACCAAUUAAUACUUGUAGGUAGAUUCGAAAUACAGCAUUUGAAUUCCGUUUGCGAUUUAUACUAUAAAGUAUAUUUUAUCUGAUUUCUUGUAUUUCAGUGCAAGAUCACUUAAAUUUAUAAUGUAAUGAUUACAUGAAUGCAUUGGUUUUUAUGUCUUUGCUCUGUGUAUUAUGUGUUCCCAGUAUAUUUUAUCUAUGUAUUUAUGAAUUUGUGUAUAAUGCGAGAUCUUUUCAAAGCUAAUUGCCCAUAUGUGUAGGUUGUUUCUGCCUAGCAGCUUUCCGUUUGUCUUACUUGUUUUGGUGAAAGUUUUCCCCUCUUUUUUCGAUCAUGAUUAAAAUCACAAUUGUCAUUGAUAAAUCAAAAUGCUUUCAGUAGAUUGGUAGUAUUCUCCGUUUUCAUCUUAGGUAUUAGGUUUUCACAUUAACAUGAUAAUGCCUCUGGUCUUAUCUUCAUUUUCAUAUAUAUUUUUUUAAAUUAUAUUUCACGAUUUAUUUGUCUCAGUACAAACUAUUGUACUUUUACAUUAUCAAAUUAUGUCUAUAAGGGCUAAAUUAUAAUGAUUAUGAUGUCCCAUGGGAGAAGGUAAUUCUCCGAAUAGACCACGUGAUAUGACCAAACGUGAUGAUGCCGAAGUAGUAUUUAUUCAUUCAUCUUCCACAAAUUAUAUCAAACCUGUCAUAAUAUAUACUGUAUUUUUAUUUUGAAAAUAUUUUGAAUAAAAUUUAAAUUUU